GAUUUAGACCAAAAAAGUAAAUACUAUAUUCAAAUACGUAUUGUACAGCUAGAAUAUGAUUGCAUUUGGUCCAGAAGAAGUGGGCUUAGCUGAUCGAUCACCAUGCGCUGGGAUACGAGCUGACUUAAAGAUGUGUCUUUUAAGUAGUGAUUGUUGUAAAAAGCAAAAGAAAACUCCUAGAGAAUGUUUAAAAGAUGGCAUAGUACCUACAGAAUGUAUUCAAUUACGGCAAAGUUUUUUUGAGUGUAAACGUUCAUUGCUUGAUAACAGAAGAAGAUUUAGAGGCCACAAAGGGUAUUGAUAAUGUCAUAAGCAUAUAUUUAGUAUUUUGUUUUAACUAUAGUUAUUUAUAAUAAAGUGUUAUAAAA